AAUAGUGUUAGAAUUCAAAAGAGAGUAACAAAAAUUGUAACCAACAACCGAAUAUAAAAUGUGACCGUACGUCAAUGUCAUAGAUAUCUCAACCAUCCCAUGGUAUCAGAGAUGUGUUGUGUGCUUGUGUUAUCGCCCUAUCUGUUUGUCUUUUAAUCACCAGCAUUUAUUAAUAAAGAUAAGUGGACAAACAUCAGUAACGCAAUCAGUAACGCAACAAAUCCCCACAACGUCAGCACAUCAUGGCGACAAAAAACCUCUCAGAACCCAAAGUACAAGAAUUCCAAUUCCACGAAAUCCCCAAAACAACGAAAUGGGAGAGCUUCCAAAAAGCCAUCUACGACCCCGACAAAAAAGAAUUCUUCGGUAGAACCAAAAAAAACUGGUACCAACUAUUGAUCUUCUAUACAAUUUUCUACGCUUGUCUGGCUGCGCUGUGGGCGAUAUGUAUGAGAGGGCUUCUUGCCACGUUAAGUGAUACCGAACCUAAAUACCAACUGUCGGACAGCCUCAUUGGUACUAACCCAGGUUUAGGUUUUCGACCCAUUUCGAAGAAAACGGAAGAAGGUUCGCUGAUAUGGUACACCUUGAAUCAAACCGAGAGUACAAAGAAGUGGGUUGAUUUAACCGAUGAGUUCUUGAAACCUUACAAAGUAGACCAGGUGGGAAAAAAUUAUCAGGCUUGUGACCACAGUGUAAAAGUCAAAAAAGGGCACGUGUGCACGGUGAAUCUCGAUGAGUUUGGGCCAUGUACUAACAAUAAUAGUUACGGGUAUGCUUCCAGUUCUCCGUGCGUUUUUCUCAAGUUGAAUAAAAUUUUUGGGUGGGAACCUGAGUACCAGACAACUGUGGAAGAAGAUAUGCCGAAAGAUUUGAGUGUUCACAUUAAAAAUUCCAACAUUAGUAACCCUGAAGUGUGGAUUAGUUGUAAAGGAGAAAACCCCUUCGACAGAGAAAGGAUAGGUGGGUUUAGUUACUAUCCGAGCCACGGGUUCCCUGGGUACUACUUUCCCUAUAUGAAUGAUCCGAAUUAUCUGAGUCCUAUUAUUGCUGUACAAAUUAGGAAUGUUUUGCCUAAUGCAAUUGUUAAUAUUGAGUGCAGAGCUUGGGCAAAGAAUAUUAAUUAUAGUGGGAGUAGAAACAAUAGAGAAGGGUCGGUACAUUUUGAGAUUCUAGUCGACGAACCUAAGUAGGUCUAGUUAUAAUUUUCUUAUUUUUUUUUUUUUGUUAUUUUGAGAACAUAAAUUAACUAACGGUUUUGUGAUGAUUUUUUUGGGGUUUUAGUUUAAGUUUGUUGUCUCAUAGUUAUAUAAAAUUUGUUUUAAUUAUUUUUUUAAACGUAUAAAAUUUAGGAGAAGAGUGAAAAGUAGAAAAAAGUUUUGCCUGAAUUGUCACAGUAUUUUAAAGUAACCGUGAAACAAAAUUAACCAAAUAGGUUACGAGGAAAGAUAUAACUAAGUAAGUCAACAUUUAUCAAUUUACGUCAUUUUUACCUAGAAAAUAUAUAUUACGUAAUUUAUGCCUACAAUUGUAUCUAUAAGUGUAAAUAUCAAGUACUCAGUGUCAAUAAAAAUUCCAUAAGUGUCGACCUACAUUAUCACGAGUAAGUGAUAGCACAAUUAAUUUCCUAUUAAACUUCAUCUACAAGAAGAAAAUUUGAAAUUUGGAUUAAGAUAAAAGACAUUUAUCUAUAAGUGUUACGUUACUGAGAUAUGUUAAAUGAUUUCUAUUUAUUUAGUUAUUAUAUUUAAGUCCACUCAUCUUUUUAAAACGUGUCUUAUCAAAUUCUGAUGUAGUGUUUUUGACAGAAAAUGAUUGAAUAGUAUUUAAUCGAAGUAUUUUGAGUAAUUUUUACGAUUUCAAAUAACAUUGUUUUGCUUUCUCUAAUUGGAACUUCUAUACUUUUGCUUUUUUAUCAUUUUCUCUCAUCAUUUUGUUAUUUUUCGUUUAUUUUUGUAUACAUUUGGCGAAUUACGCUUUGCCCUGGGCUGAGUUAAUAAUGUUUAUCAUUUUCUAUUAAAAUAUGUAUAUUUUUUAGUUCUUUUGGGAUAAGAAAAAUACAAUAAACGUUGCAUAACAACAUCAUUGUCCUCUGUUAAGACACGUAAUAAAAAUUGGUCGAAGAUUAUUUCGACAGAACUUUCCAGGCCGCUAAGGUACAGUCGAACAAAUGCAAUUUCGAAAAAUUGUGAAAUUUACUUUUAGAAUUUUAUCUUUUUUGACGAUGACCCCUUAUGCUCAGGAAGUAAUAAAGAAGCCGCAAUUUGCUAAGUGUAUCUAUGAUUCAUAAUUGUCCUAAUGUAUUCCAAAAAUGAGCUGUGGUAAAAUACAAGAUAUUUUUUCUAAUUUUGACGUGAAAGGUAACAUUUUCCAAAAUUGAUUGAAAUUUUAAAAUGGUUAAUUUUUCAUAACUAGUGAUAAAAUAAACUGCGGGUGAAAAAUUGGUGAUAUUUUAAUUAAUUCAGUUUAGGCCUAUUCAUUUAGGGCUAUAAUUUAUUUUUAUGUACAUAAAAUUUGUAAGUUAUUUUUUAAGUGGAGCAUGCUAUAUAUGUUUAUAGAUUUGGAUUAUCUAUGAAAAGGGGGUUUUUAGUCAACAGUCUUCAAGAUGUUUGCAUUUUAAAAAUGGUCAUACAUAUUUAAAAAUUGAGAAUGGAAUAUUCCCUUUUUUUUAAUAUCGCGAGUUGCGAAUUUUUAAGAACGAACAUUUUUUGACAAUACAAUUAAAAUAUGUUGAAAUUGUUGAUCAAAAACCCAUUCUGAUUGUUAUAAUUUCUCUCCUUUUUUAAUCUUUCUGUAAAAAAAAAUGUGGGGUGUUAAAACUUGUAACUAUUGUGUGCAACUUCCAGAUGAAAUAUCCUGUAUAUUUGAAUACAAUUUUAAAUUGUAGGUCUAAGACUCCACACAGACUGCCUGAAAAAGAUGUUUGGAGCAUUUUAUACACACGUAAAAUUUUUUGUGUAUAAUAUUUAAAUAUAACAACAAAACUUUAAUAAAUAAGAAUGGCAGCAUAAUAUACAAAUAAUUCAUCAUAGUUUAAAAUUGAAAGAGUCGUUUAUUACUAGUGUAAUUUGAUUGUUAGAUAGAAAGAGUAGAAAAUAUUCUUGUAGUUAAUAAAAUUAUUUGUGUUUAA